AUGGAGCCCAACGGGACGGCGGCGGCGGGGGGCAACGUUUCGGCGACGUCGGGCGGCGGCGGUUCCCCCGGGAGCGGGCCCUUGCUCAUCCCCUCGGCCUUCGGGACGGUGCUAUCGGUGAUGUACGUGGCCGGGGUGGCGGGUAACGUGUACACGCUGGUGGUGAUGUGCCACUCGGCGCGCUGCGCCGCCCCCAUGUACAGCUCCAUCGUCAGCCUGGCCUUGGCCGACCUGCUCUACCUCUCCACUAUCCCCUUCAUCGUCUGCACCUACCUGGCCCAGGACUGGUACUUCGGGGACCUGGGCUGCCGCAUCCUGCUCAGCCUGGACCUGCUCACCAUGCACGCCAGCAUCUUCACCCUCACCCUCAUGUGCACCGAACGCUACCUGGCCGUCACCCGGCCCUUGGACACCCUGAAGCGGUCGCGAGGCUACCGGAAGGUCACGGCGGGGGCCGUCUGGUCAGUCUCGCUGCUCCUUACUCUGCCCAUGAUGCUGAUGGUCACCCUGACUGAAGGGAGCAAGGCAGAGGGCAAGGUGAAGAGGAUAUGUGCACCCACCUGGAGCAUGGAUGCCUACCGGACCUACCUGACGGUGCUCUUCAGCACCAGCAUCAUGGCCCCGGGAAUCAUCAUUGGCUUCCUCUACACGCGCCUGGCCAGGACCUACCUGGAGUCCCAGAGGAACCCCCCACACAAGGAGAAGAGCAAGAGGUCCCCCCGGCAGAAGGUCCUCAUCAUGAUUUUCAGUAUUGUGCUGGUCUUCUGGGCCUGCUUCCUGCCAUUUUGGAUCUGGCAGUUGGUCCGACUCUACAGCAACUCCCUGCAGCUCACCACCCAAACCCAAAAGUGCAUUAACUACCUGGUGACCUGCCUGACCUACAGCAACAGCUGCAUCAACCCCUUCCUCUACACCCUGCUCACCAAAAACUACCGGGAGUACCUGCGCAACAGGCACCGCAACUUCUACAGGUUCACAUCCUCCUUUCGCAAGAGGGGCUCCAACCUGCAGUGCUCCUGGGGACGGUCCAUGUCCUCCAGCAACCAGUAUGACUACAGCUCGGAAGCCCUCGGCAUGGCCACGCUGAAGGACAAGUGA